AUCUGCCUCGAGUUUGUCUCAGUUACUCAACCUUCAGUGUUCUCCUUCAACCUUGGCCCUAGCCGACGAUCUCCUUGGAAUUCUUCAGCAUCAGCUGCCGCCGAUAUUGACGGCCAGCUAGUGUACUGGUUUCCCUGCACUACCUCAGCUGGAUUUACCGCAGCGUGCAUCUGACGUUCUUCCAGCAGCCAUGGCAGCGAUAGCAUCACCGAUCACGUCGGGAACGCCGAGCAGACAUCUGUCGUCCUGUAGUCAGCGGCAGCGAACAUGCUCGGGCGCUCAGGUCUCUAGCUCUGCACAGCAGCCGCUUAGAACACGAGAAGUCCAGCGAUCAUGCACUAGGGCCCUGGCGGUUGUCCCAGGGACGGUGAGCAAGCGCACGAGGCAGUACCAGCUGGAGUUCCUCCAGACGACAGCCAAGCCGAAGCCGCAAAGUCCGGUCAGGGAGGUUCCAGACGCCGGGUUGACCCGACGACAACGGUAUCAGCAAGACGAGGACGGCGGCCUGCCGUUGAGGGAGAUCGCUCUGAUCGCGACUGACGUGGACGGGACUCUGCUCAACUGCAACCACGCCUUGAGUGAUCGGACUGAGAGAGCGCUUCUUAUGGCGCAAGAGCAAGGCAUCCAGGUCGUUCUGGCGACUGGCAAAGCGAGGGGACCGUGGUUUCCCGAAAUUCAGGAGCGCUUGAAGCUUGAAACUCCUGGAGUCUUCCUGCAGGGCUUGAUGGUGUACGGAGCAGACGGCUCUCUGCUGUACGAGCGAACCAUGGCGGAGGAUGUGGCUCGGCAGGUUAUUCGGUUCGGAAAGGCCGAAAGCGUCACGCUCACAGCCUACUGCGGCGAGCGAGUAUUGUGUGAAGAGAGGGACGAGCACACUGACCGUUUGAUUCCCUAUGGCGAGCCGAUUCCAGAAGCCGUUGGGCCCCUCGAAGACCUGAUUGGCUUCACAUCCAUUCACAAGCUCAUUCUCAUGGCGGGCGAUGACACCCUGGCAGCACUGCGGCCUCGUCUGGAGGCGGAGCUGGAUGGCAUGGCGUCGCUCAUCACAUCCGUGCCUGGCAUGCUGGAAGUGCUCCCGCUUGGUGUUUCCAAGGCCACGGGUCUUGCCAGGGUGCUCGACAUCAUGGGGCUGCACCCGCAGCAGGUCAUGGCAGCAGGAGAUGGUGAGAACGACAUUGAGAUGCUGCAGAUGGUUGGCCUGGGAGUGGCAAUGGCGAAUGCUGGCCCGUCAGUUAAGGCAGUGGCAGACCAUGUGUCAAGCUCUAAUGACCAUGAUGGCUUGGCGGCUGCUGUGGAGAGAUUUGCCCUCUCUGCUGGCGUUUGGUGCUGGGACUAGGAUGCGUAUAAGGCGCAUGUGCGAACCGCGCAGUUGUAGGGCAGCAUAGCAGAUGUAUAGACCACCACCAUGUCAUAACACUCACCUAUACUCCGUUGCUUUGAAACUUCUGACGCAGCUACAUUAGGGCGCGUUCCUACGGGCCCCUUGUCGUGGCAGUUUAUUAAAGCCGCGGUACACAUUCACUUCAAUUUGUUUCA